AUGACAAAUCUUGAACAGGAACAAUGCAUAGCGUCAAUUCACAAGUAGAUUGUCUUGCGUAUAGCGUAUGUAGGUACCCUGUGACCUAAUGUCUAAUUUAGUGAAACCAACAUUUUAGUGUGCUUCGGACAAAAUAGAUAAUACGCUAUGUAGCUCAUUCGGAUUUCUGCUGUCCUGUCCAGUCUAAAGUUCAGUGCAGCAAUGUCCGGAGAGAACAACAGCAAGAAAAUGAAUGAUGUUUGUAGAAUGAACCAACAUGGACCAGCCAAGUUUCAUUGACAACAAUAAGCCCAAAAACCCCUAAUGUUAACAGUUCUCCCAAGAAUGGACAGUGGAUCACAACAAGCAUUAACUGAAGAAUGGCAAGGUUUAGACGAAGAUCUUGCUCCACAUUUAUUGGUUUGGUGUUGCUCAUAUUCAUAGUAACAGUUGUUUUAAAGUCCUUUACACCAGAAUAUUCUCCAUUUGGAAGCAUCUUUGGUCCCGAAUUGUUCCCUAAUAUCAAAGGACCUGGAAAAAUGCCAUUCAAAUGCUUGGUAAUAUUGACAGUGUCGUCCCUGAAGCACUGACCAAAAUGAUUGACAUAGACUCUGAGAGGGUCAAGAACGUAGAGGCUGCCCUCAGGCAAUUCCCUGCUCCAAACUACAAUAUUCAUGCCUUUUACUACACAUGGUAUGGCAACACACAGUUUGAUGGAAAGUACAUUCACUGGGACCACCCUCUUCUGCCACACUGGGAUUCAAAGGUGGCAGCAGGAUACCCAAGAGGGAGACACAGCCCACCAGAUGACAUUGGGGCUAACUUCUAUCCUGCUUUAGGAGCUUAUAGUUCCAGGGACCCCUCUGUUAUUGAAGCUCACAUGAAGCAACUGCGAGCAGGAGCUAUUGGUGUUCUUGCUGUUUCCUGGUAUCCACCUGGCAUGAAGGAUGAAAACGGUGAGCCAACAGAUGACAUUGUGCCUUUGAUACUGGAGGUGGCACAUGCAUAUCAUGUAAAGGUUGCUUUUCACAUUGAACCAUACAAAGGAAGAGAUGAAACAAGUAUGUUUAACAAUGUCAAGUACAUCAUAGAGAAGUAA